CACGCUGCGUGCACGUGACCUCCCUAACCUAGCUGCCCUUCCCUCCCGCAAGGCGCAAAGCGGCGGCGCUUCCCCUGUUGAGAGAGAGAGAGAGAGAGAGAGAGAGAGAGAGCAGCGAUGACGUGGGAGGAGGGGGUGGAAGAGGAAUACGGGGAGGAGAUGGCGGCGUCAGAGUCGGAGGAGGAGGUGGUGGUGGGGCAGAUGCCGACGGUGAUGGUGCCGAAGCACAUCAAGAAGCGCUCCCUCAAAAACAAGGCGCUCUCCGUCACCCUCGACGAGAAAGCCCUCAGGGAUUUCGUGACCGGGUUCCACAAGAGGAAGAAGAAGAGAAGAAAGGAGGCGCAGAAGAUUUUGCAGGAGAAGGAGAGGAAGAAGAGAAUCCGGGAGCGCAAGAGGAGAAAAGAAGAGAAAGAGGUUGCUAUGUAUGGUAGAGUGCUUUCAUCGGAUAAUGCUGAUGGUGCUGGAUUAGAAAAUGAAGGUAUCCACAAUGAUGGUGAGGAGAUGGAAACUACUGAUGAUUUAUCCGCAUCUUUGUCUGAAACCAAAACCUAUGAAGAUGACGGUACUAGAAUUACAGUUACCACCUGUAAGAUUACUGGCGAAGAUGGUGACCUUGGCCCGAAAAUUGUUGGCCCUGUCUCGGCGAGCUACACCACCAAGAAUCCUAGCUCAGCUGGCAAGAAAAACUCCAGUUUAGGUGUAAAGAAGAAGCCACAGAAGAGAACGUUCAAGAACAAGAUUAAAAAGAAAAAGGGUGACAAGAAGCGGGGUGCUGCAAAGGGUAAAAGGAAGAACAAAGGAAGGAAGUAGAGUUUUUGUCAGUCCUAUGUAGAGAAUUGUAUGGCUGACUGGCUGUGGCAAACCUCACAUGACUUGAUCUGCACUUGUUUGGUGAUAUACCGAUGAUUCAUCCAUACGAGGCUGAUAUGCCAGCCAGUCUCACGGUUCAUGGAUGAAAUGUUGUCCUAUUUUUCUCUUAAUCAACAUAUAUUUGUGCCU